CGUCACCACUCUCCUCCUCCCCCCUCGCUCUAAAAAAAAAAAUCCCCAAUUCCCUUCCCUCUCCUCCCCCUCUCUCUCUCCCCGGCGCCAAAAAGACGAAACCAUGGCAAUCUCGUAAAUAACCACCAAAUCACCGUCCAUUUCCCUGGCCCCUUCUCCUUCCUCCUCCUCCUCGAGUGGCGAUAUCGUAAUCCUCCGAUGGGGAACGCGAGCGCGAAGGAGGAACUCGAGAACGGGGACGAUGAUCCCUCGAUGAGAUCGGACGGCAGAGAUCCCGAGGGAUUCCCUCCUCCUCCGCCGCCGUCGUCGAUGAGGUCGCACGUGCGGAGGGCGCAGUCGGUGGACUCCAUGGGGAACACUCCCCCCGAUAGCCCCCGCCGAUCGAGAUCUCCCCUCAUGUUCGCUCCUCAGGUUCCUGUGGCUCCCUUGCAGAGGGCUACUGAUGCACCUCCAGUUUUUAAUCAAUUAUGGACGAAUGAAGCCUAUGGACCUUUGGAUGUCCCCAUUGAAAAAGGGAUCCCUACACUCAUUACAUGGAAUCUUGGUGGAAAGGAUGUCAAGGUAGAGGGAUCGUGGGAUAACUGGGCUUCAAGGAGGUCCCUUCAGAGGUCAGGCAAGGAUCACUCCAUUUUGUUGGUUCUUCCAUCUGGGGUCUAUCAGUACAAGUUCAUUGUAGAUGGGGAAUGGAGAUACAUUGCGGAUCUUCCAUCCAUAGCUGAUGAGUCAGGACGUAUUUCUAAUGUCCUUGAUGUCCAUGACUAUGUUCCAGAGAACUUAGAAAGUGUAUCAGAGUUCGAGCCUCCCCCAUCUCCGGACUCCAGCUACAGCCAGCCAUUCCCUGUGGACGAAGACUUUGCAAAAGAGCCACCGGCUGUUCCCCCGCAAGUUCAUCUCACUGUUCUUGGAGCCCAAAAUUCUGACGAGGAAACCCCCGAAAAGCCUCAGCAUGUCGUACUCAACCAUCUCUUCAUUGAAAAAGGAUGGGCUUCGCAAUCUCUUGUUGCCCUCGGUUUAACCCACAGGUUUCAGUCUAAGUAUGUAACCGUUGUUCUCUACAAGCCCACAGGGAGAUAACGGCGUGAACCACCAGAGGUUUUCCUUCUCAUGGUCAUUUUUGAGUACAUCACGUGCACAAGCUACGGAUUCUAUAGAUGCAAAACCAAAUGGAAUCAAAUUGUGAGCUUUGGCUCAAUGGUGUUUUCUUGUUUCCUUGGCUUUCUGUAUGAUGUAAGAGAGAAUAUGUAAUGCUAGUCUUAGAGUUCCAGUGAGUUGGGAAAAGCAAAUGCCUAUUGAUCAUCGUAGCAGUUUGUUUUGCUCCUAUUAUUUGAAGCGAAGAGAUCUUUUGAAAGGGUGAAGCUGAGUUCUUGUCAUCCCCUUUUUUUUUUUCGGUUUUGAGUGCUGGAAAUAAUUAUGUGAUGGAUAAUUACAUGUAAACAGCCAGUUUUUUAAUAGCAUAUUUCGUCUCUUUUUUACUUUUUGUCA